UUUCCUUCUUUUUGAGGGAGAGUUUGUUUGGAUUGUUUUUUUUUUCCCCAGUAUAAGGUACAUAUAUCUUAUCCUUAUCGCCAUCUUGAAGAUAAUAAGUGUAAUCAAAAGUAUACCCGUUUGUAUAUCGCUCAAAUUUCUACCAGUAGCAAGGUAAACGUCGGCUAUUAAACUUUAACUGACGUUUCCCUCAUUCUUUUUCUCUCUUUUUUUUUAUAUUUUAUAAAAAUAUAUAUAUGUUCACGAAAAUUGUUUCCAAACUGGAAACUGGAAAGCUUUUGCAAAUCUCUGGGCCUGGAAACCUAGAAAAACAAAAUAAUCAUGCCAGAAAUAGAAGACACAGACGCAUGGUUGGAUUUCGGUUAUUUAUUGUGCUCGCCAUACCAACCAUGUAUUAUCUUUGCGUUAGCGUUUCAGGACUUUUCUCCAAAGUUGAAAACGAAUAUGACAUCACCAAUUUUCACAAUGUCGGAUCAAGAAAAUUGUUACAACUGGAGGAAAACGUGACAUUAGAGGAAAGUCAAAAUUGUACACCACCAGCCAUCAAAGAAUUUCCAUCUGAUGGAUUGACAAGAUCACAAAGAGCAUCGGGUUAUUUAGCGUUUCAUUUUAUCCUUGCUAUUUAUAUGUUUUUACUUCUCGCUAUUGUAUGUGACGAUUUUUUUGUACCAUCUAUAAAAAGGAUCUGUGAAAAUAUUAAUAUUACAAAAGAUGUUGCUGGUGCUACAUUUAUGGCAGCUGCAACAUCCAGUCCAGAAUUAUUCAUAAAUGUGGUGGGAACAUUUAUCACCGAAGGAGAUCUGGGAAUUGGUACUAUCGUUGGUUCUGCAGUCUUCAAUAUUCUUGCAGUACCUGCUUGCUGUGGAUUAUUUGCUACGCAGGUUUUAGAUCUGGAUUGGUGGCCCGUAAGCCGUGAUUCUUUGGCAUAUGGGUUCACAGUCAUCUUGUUAAUUAUAACACUACAUGACGGUCGUAUCGAGUGGUACGAAGCAUUAAUUCUCGUUAUUUCCUAUAUUUUGUACAUUUUGGCGAUGUGUUUUAAUAAACGUAUCAACAAAUUUAUGCAUCUAAAAGUAUCGAAGAGAAGGAAAUACAAAAAUUUGAAUGAGGAGACACCUUUAAUUACAAAUAAUAAAAUAACAGAUUCCUUUAUGGCAAGCCAAACGAUUCAUCCAAUUUAUGCAAAUGGAAAGGACACUGCUUUCUCUAAUAACUGUGCGGAAGUAUUAGAUAUGAGCAAUAGUAACGACUUUAGCAGUGAUGACUCUCUUGAUAUAGUAAAUAUGACAAAUUGGCCAGAUCCAAAAAUGGAGAGAAUUUGGUGGGUUUUCACUUGGCCAAUUAAUUUAUUACUUUUGGUGACAAUUCCAGAUUGCCGUAGGCAAUCAUUGAGAAAUUGGUAUCCACUGACAUUUACAAUGUGCAUCGUUUGGAUUGCAUCUAUGUCAUAUAUGGUUGCAUGGGAUAUCACAAUUAUCGGUGAUACUCUCAAGAUUCCUGACUCUGUAAUGGGAUUAACUUUCCUCGCUGCUGGGAUGAGCGUUCCAGAAGCAGUGUCAAGUGUCAUCGUCACGAAUCAAGGCCACGGAACAAUGGGGAUAAGUAAUUCAAUUGGUUCGAAUAUUUUUGAUGUAUUAUUGUGCCUUGGUCUCCCUUGGUUUAUAAAGGCAAUAUUUUCACCAAAGAUCCCAGGCCAACAUUAUGUUCAAAUUAAUUCAGAAGGUCUUGUAUACAGUUCAAUAUCAUUAUUCUCAACAUUAAUUUUAUUAUACGCCGCUAUUGCCAAUAAUAAAUUUAAGUUAGACAAACGAGUUGGCUACAUUUGCCUCUCAAUGUACAGUGUAUUUUUGGUAUUUGCGGCUAUAGUUGAACUCAAUGUAUUCUUUGUUGUUAAUAAGCCUGUCUGUGAUCACUGACAUUUGCUAAAAUUUUAGAAUUUAAAAAUAAUAACAAAUUUUCGCCGAUUUACUUUCAUUAUUGCAUCGUUUAGAAAAUAAUGAAAUUAAAUCUAAAAAUGUGAAUAUGAAAAUAUAUUUAUUUAUUUUUAGCUGAAAACUAUGCUCGAAUAAAUAUAAAAAAAGAAAAAGAAAAAGAAAAAACUAUCAAAAAAAAAAAAGAAACUAUGAAAUCAGUUUUAAAAAUGAAUAGUUAUUUUGAAAAAUAUUAAGUCAGUAAAAUAAAAGAAGUUUUGUAGAUAAAAUAUUUUUGGGGAAAAUAUAAAAUAUUUCUUUUAGCAUAUAUUUUAUAAAAAAAUAAAAUAAAAGAAUUCGGUGAUAUUGAUUACUCCCUGUUGGAGAGCUUUUUCUGUACUUGAAAGUUAUACAAGUUGCAGCUUAUUAAAAAUAAAAAUUAAAUAAUAAUUAGAUUGAAAUCAAUUAAUUGUAAGCAUAUUACUCAUUAAAUAAUACAAUUUUAUUAUUGUCACUGAUAAUUAACUAUAAUUAUAUUUUUUAUUUAAAUUAUAGUUAAUAUGAUUUACUUGAAAUUAAAUUGUUAUUAAAAAAAAAAUGUUUUAAACGUAUCAUGAAAAUUUAAAACAAAAUAGGAAAAAAAAAUGACAAAAAUAUAUUUUCAUACAUAUAUAUUUAGCAAAUAGAUCUAAACAUAGUAAAAAUCAUUAAUCGUAGCAAAUUUUCAUGUACGGGACAUUUUUUUUUGUAUUUUUCGAAAUUAUUAAAAGACCAUUAAAUAAAAAUAUAACCAUGACAUGAAAUAAAGAUUAUAUACAAAGUUCAUACAAA